CCCAUCUGUGGUUCGUGCUUGUGUGAAUGUCGCUGGAUUUGGAUGUGCAGUGAAGGUCAAAAAACAUACGCACUGUUAUUAUCCGGAAAAUCGCUGGUGUCAUGUGCGGCUGUGAAAAAGGCCCCCCUUUCGGUUGGGCAUACCAAUGUGGAACAUUCGCUAAUUAAAAUGAGGCCACACACUCCGGCUGGCAACGUUCUGAAUUCUCCGGAGGGGUGAAUGGAAAAACGUCCGGCUCCUUCUCAUUCGCUAAGUCUUGGCAAAUAAACCGGUCCCUAUCCCGUUGCGGGCCACAGUGUUGUCACCAGUAGUAACGGGCACUACGUGAUGACCGAAACGAAACCAUGCCGCAGCCGCCAGGCAGAAACAGAGACUGACAGUUAAGGGUGACCGUGCAAAGUGUUCAAUUAGCAGUAGUCCCUCUACCCUUUCGGAGUGUGUGUGUGUUCCAAGAAAGAAUAAUUAGCGACAACGUUUUCAAUUUCCCUUUUAAAUGAAAAUCACUGCAGUAGACGGAGGAAGCAUUGAAGCCUUCGUCCUCAGAAAUAGGCCGUUGAUGGAGGAAAAGAAAUCUCAAUCUUUAUUAGUCGUUACUUUGCGUGUUCUCGAGUCUCUGAGUUUCCCUUCCAAUAACCGUGGUUGAACAGAAGGACUGUAAUAUUAUAGGUAAUUUGUUUACUCAUGCUGUGAAAAUUCGUGCUGUGAAUGUACGUGGGUUUGUGCACGGUUCGGGACGAUUUCCUCGCGAGUGUCAUAAAAUCGCUAACGCAAUUUCCAAAUAAGUACUGUCGAAGACAUUAAUAAGGUUCAUAAAAAAUAUAAAAGUAAGAUGUACGUGUGAUCUCACGCUCCUGUUGCUCACCGUGGAAAAAGCAGAGAUAGAAUGCGGUGCUUCCAACGGGGUUGAACGAGAGGCGGUGUUAUGGUUUUUGAAGAUUAAAAUAAGGUGUACGUAAUACUGGAAGUCGGUAUGUAAUUUUCCGCGACAGUGAGUUCGGUUGGGAGUUUGUGAGAUAUCGUAGGUGCAGCACAAUCAUAAUGUACGUCGAGUACGGGGAACGAAGGAACAACGAACGUGACGCAAUGACGGAGAGUAACAAGUUUACGGUUUCACAUCUGCAACGUCAGAACCAGCAUCUACCACACCCUCUAGAAUCCAUCGAUCUACACAACUUUCCGGUGACGCAACGAAUACCCCAAUCCCUGUCCGGGAAACAUCCGAAACCGAAACCCUCCAACCUUGGCGACAAUCCUCCCAGCAUUCCGGGUGGCUACAACAACUACUACUCUUGCCACCAGCCGAAACCCGUUCCCAAACCGUUGGAUUACCACAGACAGCUGGUGGACAAUCAUCACACCAGUCCAGCUGGGAUACUCAAAAAUAACACCAAAACGAGCGGCCACUCCAAACGGCGCCCGUUGAUUUACGAACUGAAACAGUAUGAGUAUUACAACAACGGCACCUACAGCAGCAAGAAGCCUCCCCAACCUCAACCACCAAGUGUCAAGAACACCAACUGUGAGCUACAGCAGCACUACGGUAGUCACAACUACAACAUCAACUACAAUCUGAAUUUCACGAAAAAUCAAUACAACAUACUGAUAUCGCCACCAACGAGCACCGGUGCCCCCGGAUUGGGUCCAGGCCACGUGCCAUCAUACGACGAGAACAAUCAUUUCGACAGCCAUUAUCAGUACCAGCAUCAGAACAACGUAAGGAACUAUAAGAGCAACAAUACAACUAGCACUAGCGCCACCAAUCAUCCCUACAGCAACCACAAUCAGUAUCCGAGCAAUCAGAAUCAUUAUCACAACCAUCAUCAUCAUCAACAGCAGCAACAGCACCCGACCAAGUUCGCCUAUUCGGACGAAAAGCCCCCGCUGACGGUGGGAGACAUCGGUGGACUGACGGACAACGGCGGCAAGAUGCAGCGCGAGGAGAUUAUCAUCGAACACAGUCAGCUGGUUGGAGACGGAAGUGGACCAGGCGCUGUCAUACACCCCGCGGGGGGUCCUGCUGGACAGGACCCACGGACGGGACAGCAGCCACUACUACGCGGCGAUAAAGGUGGCAAACUAACGGCCAUCAACCGGUCGCAUCAUUUCACGCAGAUAAUCGCAGCCCUCGCCGUAUCAAUCGGCCCGUUGGCCGCCGGGCUGGGGAAAGGAUACUCAAGCCCGGCAAUUGCAAGCCUGCAGGAGUUGCAGAUCCGACAGCGGGGCAACUACACCGCCUUCUCCGUCAAUGACCAGCAAGCGAGCUGGAUUGCGAGUCUUUCCCUGCUAGGCGCUCUUUUCGGAGGAAUGUUCGGUGGUGUCGCAAUGCAGUACGGCCGGAAGCGAGUGCUGGCGUUGAUGGCCCUUCCGUUCUCGCUCUCGUGGAUUCUGACCGUGUUCGCCAAAUCGGUCGAGACGAUGUUUUUCACAGCCUUCGUCGGCGGCUUUUGCUGUGCCAUCGUGUCCACCGUCACGCAGGUCUACAUCAGCGAGAUUUCCUCGCCGGACAUCCGGGGUUUCCUGAGUGCAAUUCAGAAAAUUUCCGGCCAUCUAGGAAUGCUCAUAUCGUACAUGCUGGGUGCCUAUCUCGACUGGCGACAGCUGGCGAUGCUGGUUGCGAUGGCCCCCAUCAUGCUCUUCAUAUCUGUGAUCUACAUACCGGAAACGCCGAGCUUCUUAGUGUUAAGAGGUUGCGACGAUGAAGCUCAUCGCGCACUACAAUGGCUGCGGGGUCCACACAAAAACGUAGAAUUAGAACUUGACACAAUCCGUUCGAACGUGCGUACAUCGAGAAUCAACUUGCUGAAUCGAAUGUCGUCGCUGGCGACCACAACGACCACAAUGUCCAGCGCCGGUCAACAGUUACCCACUCAUCAACAAAAUCAGCAGCAACAGCAGCAGCGGCGGACAUUGACUCAGUUGCCCGAGAUUGUUCGCUCCUGGCAACUGCCCCGCGUUUCGUUCGACGCCAUCGUGGCCAACGUUAAGGCUGUGAUGCGUAACGCUCGUCUCGUUAAGCCCGUUUCCAUCACCUGUGGGCUCAUGAUUUUUCAACGUUUUACCGGGGCAAAUUCGUUCAAUUUCUACGCGGUGAGCAUCUUCAGUAAAACCUUCGCCGGCAUGAAUCCUCAUGGAGCAGCUAUCGCAGUCGGGUUCGUCCAGCUGCUGGCUUCGAUGCUGUCCGGACUGCUGAUUGACACGGUCGGGCGAAUACCGUUGCUCAUAGUGAGCAGUGUGUUUAUGUCGCUUGCUCUGGCCAGCUUCGGGUCGUUCGUUUACUACGGCCAAACGAACAAGAUGAUUGCGACCGCAAACUUCGAUCUGGAUGCGCCGGUCGGGAAUGACGAUUGGAUACCCCUGCUGUGUGUUUUGGUAUUCACGGUCGCCUUCUCGCUUGGUAUAUCACCGAUCUCGUGGCUUCUGGUGGGUGAGCUGUUCCCGCUGGAGUAUCGAGGAAUUGGAAGCUCCAUCGCCACCAGCUUCAGCUAUUUCUGUGCCUUCCUCGGUGUCAAGACAUUCAUGGAUUUCCAGGCUUGGUUCGGCCUGCACGGUACAUUCUGGUUGUACGCCUGCAUAUCCUGUGCCGGUCUGUUCUUCGUUAUCAUGGUCGUCCCGGAGACCAAAGGGCGUGAUUUGGAGGAAAUGGACCCGAAAUACGUACGAACGCUCACGAUAAAUCGAUGAGAUAUGGGAACGCACGUAGAGUACCUAGUAUAGUAUUUAAUGGGUUGCGGAGUUUCCCAAUUGUUUGCCUGUCCAUCCCCGCUAGCGAGAGUAGUCUUACUACUGGCCGCCGUCUUAUCGCAGUGUUACUUAAUUUGCUUAGUUUUAAGGUGCUUCCUAGAGAUAUUUAUAUGAAAAGAAUGCGCGCGAAGCAGAGAGUGUUUGAGUGGGUGUAAGAGCAGAACAUCGAACGAUGUAAAACAUUUCUAAAAUGUUCCUAAGUAAACGAAGUGGUAUAGUGUGGGUGAGGCUGCGAAAGUAGAACGAACAAAGUUGCUUAUAGUUUUUCUCCAUUUUAAAAUGAUGCGCGGUUCGGAGGAACGUCUGCAAUCAAGCGAAUGUAAAUAAACCACAACCUGGCCGUCACUUAAUCCGUACUGAGCUAAACUCAAUUAUCAAGUGGUACAACUAUUGACUGAAAGCAAAUUGUCAGGCUUGGUGGUUCAGAGCAAGCGAAAUCGAAUUAGAAAUCGCGUGAAUUGAUUUUUCUGUUUUAAGAUAUUAGUUUGUAACUGAUUAACUUCCAAGGACAACUCACUGUAAAUAUAGAUCCGUUAAACGCACAAAGGAGUAUUGAUAGAAGAAUAGUAAAGCUCGUAAACAUACACACACUCGAAAUCAUUGGUCGGAAUUGUCUGGUUGUGCUGGUUGCUUUUGGUAUAACUGAAUCGAGCAAAGCCACCUUUAUCGCCGAGGGGUCAGAACCCAUAAGCAUCGUAACUUUAGGUCAUGUACUUUGUUUUGAAUCUAAUGUACUAAUGUACUAAGUACUUUUUUUCAAAAAUCAUACAACAUGGAAUGAAAUUUCAUGAAAUAUAGCAUGCUGAAUCGAUAACCCGCUUUAAGUAUAAACACCAAAACAUUAGAGGCGAAUGAACUGCAAAGUUUAAAGCCUCUUAAAAAAAAGAAAGAAAGAAAGAACACCAAAACAUUGUCCGUACAGUGCAAAGAAUCCCGUGAAUCGAAUUCCUAAUACCAAAUCAAUAUGAAGAACCCAUUUUUAGGUUGUUGCUGAAGCGAUUUUUGGCCAUUCAUUCAUUGGAACCUCGUUCAGAUUGUGCUAAAUCGAAUGUUUCCGAAUUUUUCGCUGAAGAAAACGCACAUUUUCGGGGAUUGGAAAGGAUGUGGAAGCAUUGGCGUUAUAAAGCAGUCAUUGUUGCUUUGGAUCAUUAUUUAGAACAAAGUGAAAAUUCGACCCGAUACCCAAUACAGUCACAGUGACAUUGGCGCUGAACGCAGUCCAUAUCACGAUUAGCUGUCGACUGCAGAUGUUUCGGUCCCAAUUCAGUGCUUGGUGUGAGCCACGCUUGAACUAGUCCAGUAAAUCCAAAAGUAUUGAAUUUGCCCUCGUCCAUGGAUAUGGCAUUCUGCCAGAACUCUUCCGGCUCAAUCGUGUGUUAUUGGGCGUAUUCCAGUCGCUCUUUUAGUAGAUAUUAAUGGCUUCAUUCGCGCAACGCAUCAUCGAUACCUUUUAUCAUGGAAGACAUUCUAUACCAGUGCACAAUGGUUCAGGAGGUGCAUUCAAGUAGAAAUUAGCAUUCAGAGCUCGACAGUUAUUCUCUAGACAAAAAUUAAAACGACAAAGUUAUAACAUAUAAUAGAGCUCUCAUUUUUAUGUUAUCAAAAAUAGGGUGACCGAAAUUGUCGAUGAAAUAAAAAAUAUAACUUUAUAUCUUUAUAGAUAGAGGUCACCAUAGUUCAACAAUGUUGUAGUCCCAGUCAUUUGAGACAUCUUUGUAGAACAAAGUUUUUUUUUCUAUCUCUUGAAAUAACCGAUAUAGCGCCUUUUUUCUAAGUUGCGUUAGGGUCACCAUGAGAAAAACUGUUUUUUGCUUUAACAUUUAUACUUCAAAUUCUACAUACAAACUGUUUACUAAUACAAACAUUUUGCGAUGCAGAACUUGUCAUUAUCUCAACUUCACUCAACGUUAUUGAUAAUUCUUCCCAAAAAAUACGCUCUUUGCAAUUGAUUGUCAUUCAAACAUACACAAAGUUUAUUGGCGGCAUUUGAAAGAGCAUAGCUCACUCUACAUGUUGUUUUAUUUUCAAAACUAUGUAAUUUUUCGUGUUUGAGUAAAUUAAAAUUGAAAUUAUGAGUUUUUGGGUGAAAAACCAUCAAUAACUUUGAGUAGGAUUUAGGAAUUGACAAGUUCUGCAUCGCAAAAUGUUGGUCUUGAUGAGCUCUAAAAGUUGUACGAAGACAGCUUUGAUGUAGAAUUUGAAAUAUAAAAGUUAGAGCAAAUAGAACCCGCUUUUUCACCCUAAUACAACUUAGGAAAAAAGCGCUAAAUCGAUUAUAUUAAAAUAUAGAAUAGGGCUUUGUUCUACAAAGUUGUUGAAAAUAAUUGGGGCUACAACAUUUUCGAACUAUGUUUAUCUCUAUCUAUAAAAUUAUAUUUUUUAACAAAAUUAUAUUUUUUAUUUCAACAAUUUUGGUCAUCCUACUUUUGAUAACAUAAAAAUGAGCGCUCUAUCAUAUGUAACAACUUUGUCGAAGACAGUUUUUGUCUAAAGAAUAAAUAUUUGCCACAAAGUUGUUUUUAACUAAAUUGCAUUAGGGUAACCAUGAAAAAAAAACAAUUUUUUUGCUCUAACUUUUAUAUUUAAAAUUCUACAUCAAAAUUGUCUUCGUACCAAUUUUAGAGCUUAUCAAUACCAAUAUUUUGCGAUGCAGAAUUCGUCAAUAUCUUAAUCCUGCUCAAUGUUAUUGAUGGGUUUUAGCCCAAAAACUCAUGAUUUCAAUUUUAAUUUACUCAAAUACAAAAAAAAAUAAAAUAUCUUUGAAAAUCACAUAUUACAAAGAGUGAAAUUUGUUUUGUCAAAUUCCGUCAACAAACAUUUUUUAUGUAUGCCCCAGAAAGAAUGGCAAGAAAUUGAAGAGUGUUUUUUUUUUGGGAAGAAAUAUCAAUAACUUUGGGUGAAGUUGAGAUAUUGACAAGUUCUGCAUCGCAAAAUAUUUGUAUUAGUAUGUUCUAAAAGUCUUUCGAAGACAGUUUGUAUGUAUAAUUUGAAACAUAAAAGUUAGAGCAAGAAAACAGUUUUUUUCAUGGUGGCCCUAACGUAAUAGAAAAAAAACUUUGUUCUACAAAGAUGUUUCUAAUAACUGGGACUACAACAUUGUCGAACUAUAUUUACCUCUAUCUACAAAGAUAAGAAAGUUAUAUUUUUUAUUUCAUCGAUAAUUUUGGUCACCCUAUUUUUGAUAACAUAAAAAUGAGAGCUCUAUUAUAUGUUACAAAUUUGUCUAAGACAGUUUUUGUCUAAAGAAUAACUGUCGAGCUCUAAAUGCUAAUUUCCACUUAAAUACAUCUUCUGGACUAGUGCAGUGCAGUCUCCUGGAGUGCAGUGGUACUCAACCUUUCUUCAUUAGGGGCACGAACACGUGUUAGGCUUGGUGUCGCGGGCCGCAAAAAUAAUAAUGCAUAGUUCACAACGUGGCAUGCGCUGAACCGGGCCCAUAUCUGCCGUGAUCUCGCAAAGUGACGCAAGCGCCAAAAUUGACAUUUCACUUUUUAUGUUAGAGAAUACUUUUUAUUAUAAAGAAUACCAAAUCCUUUUAAACGACUGCAAAGUUUUACAGAAAUGUGAAAAAAUGACCCCGUAAAGCUUGAAAACGAAAUGGCGCAAGCGCCAUUACCACUGUGAUGUGGCGCAAGCGCAAUUGCCCUUAUGAUGUGACAUAAUUUGAUUGUGAUGCGAUGUGAUUUUCUGAUCUGUUCGGAUGGCAUAGAAUGAACGAGUAGGGACGGCAAAUUUCACAUAACAACAUGUUCCGUAAUGGACUUUUAGCCGAAUGAGAAUCACAUGCCUUCUUUCUUGUAAAAAAACACUUUUCCGAAAAACUCGUCAUGCCAAAUAUAUAAAUCAAAAACAGUCGAUCCCCGUGCAGUGCUACAUUUAUAACAGCAUUUUUGUUUUAGAACUACAAAUCAUGUACUUAGAAGCUCUUUUUGAAAGCCUCGUCAAAUAUUUAAAUUCAUGAAAUCUAACUCACCUUGAAAGAAAGAAAAACCUAGAUUGAAGCGUAUUGUUGUUCUCACAUAUUGCACAUAACGAUUGUAACUAAAUAGUUAAAACUCAUCAAUUCAAUUGUUGAUUACAAAGAUUUCUCAAUAGCGUCCUUUAUCUUCAGGUAUAAAAGGGACAAAGCUUCUUGACGAUGUUUACUUACCUCACCUGCUCAAUUUCUCUUUCGGAUGAAUUGAAGCUGAGUGUUGAACGCCAAUCGGUUGUGGAAACAGCGAUUAAAUUUGUUGUUUCCACAACAAACUGGCGUUGGUAACAUAGCUUUAAUAAAACAGUUUUAUUUUCAAAAAUCAAGCCGGUGGCAAUGUUUUUCCACAAUUUGUACAGAUCAGAUUUUCGUAAUGUACGCGUAUGCUGAUUAUACAUGUAAUUUUGCGAAAAGUCUCGUACUGAAAAUUCUUCCCUCUGUCGCUUGCAUCACUUUGCAAGAUUACGACAGAUAUAAGCUGAACUAAACAACAACCUCAUACGUUUUAAUGAAAAAAACAUCUUCUACUGGGUUCCUGAUUACUCCGGAAUUCUCGGAAACACAGCCACUGACAAACAAGCUGGCUCGGGGAGAAGUGAUGAACCUCAAUAUACAGUCAAUCGCAAAAUUGAGUUGAUGCUACUUUACGUUACUUUCCAUCUAUUUGGUAUAAAACACCUUUGUUACAAUAAUUAUUUUGAUGCAAAUUAAUUACUCACUCAUUCAACUAGUUAUACACGCAAUACAAUUUCGCGAAAAGUUAUUUGGUGAAUUAUUUAAUGAUGACAAAACAGGAUGCAUUGGUGCACAGGUAUAUCUGUGGUAUAACCGAAAGGUUGACGUAGGACUAUCCUUUAUUUAGUAAUCAUUUGUUUGAAGUUGAAUCUAAAUCCAUUCUGAAUGAAUGAAUAAAUGAAUAUUUAGAUGACUUCGAAAACGAGAUCCGUACGUUGGAGACACAAGGUUUAAUGCAUCCAACAUUGGAUACGAAAAUAUGCUACUGAUGGGGAAGAAUAAUCUUCAGAAGCUUUCCUGCUAAUUGCACUUGAUUGAAAAAUCACAAAACCAAAUGUAUUUGGUCGCAGUAUUAUAUGGAUAGAAAACAUUAAAAUUAACUCUUUCGCUUGAAUGUAAUUUUCAAUUCCAAGGGGAACUGGCAGAUUAGUGUUCAGCAACGAUGACAUCUUUCCGGAAUCUUCUCGAUGCUGGAUAACAACCAAACGAAAAGGGUUCCGCGCGUGUAUGUGUGUGUGUGGCGGCAACUCCGGUGCCUCAAGCGGAAACAAUUUUCGAUGCUGGUACUCUCCUGGUCGCCUUUUCAGUGGCAUCACUCUCCUCCUGAUAGAUUCCCUUCUGGCCUAAGGUGCACAAACAGGCUCUUGGUGACACCGUUCAUCAGCGCUUUCAUGAUGAACGAAGUUAGCUUCACCACAAUAGCGACAACAUGCUCUAAUCACUGUUCAAUUAUAACUGAGUGGAUUUCCGAGCGACGCUCCCUUAUAUACCGAUUUGGGAUUUCAAUAGCCUGUUUUCAAAGCAAUUUCAAGGCUAUUGAAACAAGUUUUUGGAUCAAAAAGUAACAAGUAAUGCGUAGACAUUUUAUCUUUCGAAUGAAGUGUUUAUCAUACCAUUUCGUUCAGUUGUUUAAGAGCUAUUAACGCUUAAAAUCUCGGUCUCCGGCGUAAUGCUUUCGUUUUCGAAACUUUGAUUUUACACCCCGGUAUAGAAAUGAAAAACGUAGUCCUACGUCAAAACCUCAAUUUGAGGCAUUACAAAAUUUAGUGAACACCUCAAAUUGCUUCAAACAAAUCAAACUUGUAUGUAAGAUCAUUGUCAAUCAGGAUACUUUUUUCGCCAAUGUGUAAUAUCAACACCAAACAACUGCUUGGACAGUGUUGGGUUUUAUUUUUUCUUGUUAUUUAAAAAAGUUUUUAUCAAAAUGGCAAGUAAGAGGAAAGAAACCGAUAUUGUUACACGUACUAUGACAACAAGUAGGACUUCUUCGACAAGUCGACAUUGCAACCACUCUACAAUAAAGAAAAUCAUAAACAAGUGGAAAUACGAAGAAAUCAUGGAAAAUCUCCCUAGUAAAGGACACAAACGGGUCCUGUUUUCCGAUGAUGAACGGAUAAUUGUGCGAACAUUUCGAAAGAACCCUGAAACAAACAAUCCUAAAUUGGCUACCGAAGUAGCCGGCAUCAUUGAACGUCCUGUCAGCUCAAACACCGUCCGGAGAGUAGCAUACAGGAAAAAUCUGAGAGGUCGUGUUGCCCGUAAAAAGUAUUUCAUCCCAAAGGUGAAUAUAAGGCAUAGGUAAACAGACCUAAGUAAUUCUGUAACAAGGUCUUUUAUACGGAUGAGACGAAAACCAAUCUUUUUGAAUCGGAUGGAUGUGGAGGAAACCAGGAUCGGUGCUCUAGAUUCAGCAUUUUGUUCCCACAGUAAAUCAUGGCGAAGACAGUCAGCUGAUGGAAGAUUUUUUGUUUGUUUUUUAAACAUGAAGUAGAAAUGUGACCAUUUUGAAUUAUUUUCUUAUCACUACGUAAGAGUAAAGGGGAUCGAUUUUACGAUGAAUAUAAGUUGCUUUCGAUUAUUUACUUUUACUCAAGAAUAAAAAACCAACACGGGGCACUCAUUUGUUGAGGGUUGUAUACCUUGUCAUCCAUCUGACAUCAUCCGUUGGAUGAAACAUCAGGUCCGCUUAAACUGGGAUAUAGCCUGUAGAAACAUUCAUCCCGCCCAUCUUCACAAAAUCAAAAACACCACUAUUCCAUAGUUUGAACGCAAUGUCCUGGAAAAAUGAUAAUGAAGAUGGUGAAGUUCCGAGCGACAUAGAAUGCGCUGCCGUAACUAUUUCUCAAAUCGUGACGUCACUAUUUGUGUUUAUAUUUGAUUGCCUGAUCCAUGUGAAAUUGCUAUUUUUAGUAAGUGUUUUAUCAAUAAAAACAUACAUUUUAUUGAAGUUCCGCGGAUCAUGAGUAUAAUGUGGACCUUGGACUUGGACUAUGCAAUACUUGCUCCAUUUGUCUUAUACACUUUCAUCCACUUUUUCUUUAAAUCCUUUCUUCCCUGUUAUCCGGAGCUCACCCUUCAUAAUCGCCCAGAAUUUUUCUAUUGGGCAAAGCUCUGGCGAGUUUGACGGAUUUGCCUUCUUCGGUACAAAUCAACAUCGUAUCACGUAAUGGCACAAUGCCAGAUCCGGUCGAAACAGAGUGUCACUUUCGUGGGACUGGAGGAAGGGCAGCAGGCGCUUCUGGAAGAAUUCUUAUUUAUAUAUUUGACCGUUGAUGGAGCCGUUCAUUAUGUACGACUUGCUGAAUUUGUCGCCUCAUAGUUCGCCUGCCACACCAAGUUCUAUCUGGGAAAUUUGUCGACCUUCUCCUUCCGGAACUUCUCCGGAACAUCCAGGUGGGACUUGCCGGCGAAAAACUCCAGGUCGGAUAUCUGCUUCACUUCCUCUUUAAUGUACGUCACGUCGUCCUUCAAGAUGCAUUUCGACUGCAUCAACCACUCGUGGUUAGCUAGGCUAGGCUAGGCGCCUUCUUUACAUUGAAGACAUGAGGUCCGGCCAGCUUCAUUGUCUGCAGACGAAAGAAUUACCCUUCUUGGCCAUGUCCCGAAUCGAAAGAUUCGGAUUGCGCUUGAAGUAAUCCCUCACCUACCUUGCCUUGACGGAGUCAGUCGUCUUCGCUUUUCUUCCGCUACCAGCUCACCGCUGGUCUCGUCUCGUCUGAGUCUCCAUUAUGGUGCCAAUGAAAAUGGUCAUUUCAAAUUCCAAAAAGUUACCCCGUAAAAAACUGUUCACCACCUCGAAAAAACACCCUAUGCAAAAUAUCAGCUCAAUCGGACUCGAGGGAGAGUGGUGCAAAGCGGUCAAAGUUUGAAUAGUUUUUGAAUAUCGAAAAAUCACCUAAUCAAUUAUCUCGAAUUUUUAUCAUAAAAAAAAAUGUUUUUUUUUUAGCACUUGGUCAUUUUUCCGCCUGAAAAAGCGAUUUUGACUAAAUUUUUUUUUGAGAUAACUGUAAAUCUCGACGUGUCAUGCAAUUUUAAGACAUUUGACAUCAAUUUUUUUUUUUAAAGCCCGAUUUCCGGUGAUUUUUCGGUUUUCAGAAAGCUGAAAUUUUAACGUCUGCGACACCAGUAAAUGAAGUCCGAAUGAGCUAAAAUUUUACAUAGGGUAUAUUAUCGUGCAAAUCAACCUUUUGCAGCAAGUUUCGAACGAAAAAUCGAGAUAACUAUUUUUAUUGGCACGCUAAACCAUAUUUUUCAUUUCGUAUUCCGAAAAAAAAACUGAGUCCCAGAGUGUCGGUUUUUGACAUAAAAUUUUUUUCGGGAUGACACUAUAUCUCGAUGUUUCAUGCAUUUUUAAGACAUGUGGCAUCAAUUUUUUUUUCUCGAAAACCCCGAUUUCCCUUCCUCGGGUGAUUUUUCGAUUUAAAAAAACUCAAACUUUGACCGCUUUGCACCACUCUCCCUUAAGUCCGAUUGAGCUGAAAUUUGGCAUAGGGUGUUUUUUCGAGGUGGUAAUAGGGUAACUUUUUGAAAUUUUAGGGUCGAUUUUUUCCCAUACAUUAAUUGACACCCUAGUCCCCAUGAACGAUUUUACCACACGGGACACGGUCGAAUGGUCUAUUUCCAACUGUUUUGCGAUCAACCUUUGGGACUUGUCUAGAUUUUCAACCACCACACUCAUAUUUUUUGUCGAAGCACUUCUUGCUUGGAAGCCAUCUCGAUAACCACUUGAGAUCGUGACGAAAUUUUACACAUGUAAACAUUACACUCUGAACUAGUUUUACUCAAAAGUUCAUCUAUUUUUAUCCAUGCAAUUAAAAAUUAUACACAAAAGAAAGUGUUUUUUUUCGAAUACAAUCUUUAUCUUGGUACUCAGAACAAUGUUACGUGAUUUGUUAUGUGUUAUUUGGCAGAGGAAUCUCAACUUAGUAUUGAUAAAGAAACAACCCAAGUGAUACUUAAAUGAGAAGGCAUAGCUCCCCGAGGAACGUUAGUGCCAUCGAAGAAGAUGUUCUACUUUGAAACAUUCAAUAAAGGGCGACACGAAAUUAUGGUAACACAACAAAUUUACUCUAAAUUCUCUUGUAUUUACCGCAUAAAAACCAAAUUCAUAUUGAAAUUUUCAAUGAAACCGGCCAAAAUUAUGGUUUUUCAUUGUACUGCUCCAAAAGCACAAACGAAAAAGUUUUUGGGGGCACUCCGUUUUGUAAAUUUAAUCAUUAAUAGUUAAUUUUCUAAUUAAAGCUUACUUUGGUUGCCACAGGAUAACCUGCCAAUAAAGUGUUUCGCUGGGAAGCUUGCUCUUUUUUCUUAAAACAAUCAUCCAAUUAGAAGUUAUCUUUUACGGUUCAAAACUCCUGUCCUGGUAUUUGUUGGAAGUCAGUGAAAUGCUGAACAUGCUGAAAUAUUGGAAUUUCAUAGGAUAUAUGCAAGGCCAUGGUACUCGCAAAGGAAUGACCUUUACGAUUUAAAUUUUUAAUAAUAGAGAUGGAAUCAUUACGAUGUCUAUGUCGACAAGUUAAUAGUAGCUAUGGUUCAUAAACCUCACACAAAACUAUGAUUCCUGUAGCUCACUAAAAACAAGGCCUUAAGCAUCUUACUAAUGCCAAGUAAAACAAUUACGAAGUGGAGGAAUCGUAGUGGAAUAUCCGUUUCCUAUGAGCAGCGUGCCAGACUGUAAAACAUUUUGUCUAUAAUUAAGGUGAGGAAAGGUCGUCUUUCACUAACUCAUCAUGAAACUUGGCGGCGAGGGAACAUAUUUGUAGAUCAGCAGAUCUGCAACUGACGACGAACAAGUGCAGUAUGAACUAUCGCAGAAAACGACUUUAAAUGAUCAGAUAUACCAAAAACAAACCAUUACAACAAUGAAAAAUGCAACAUUAUAAAUUAAAAAUAUCGCCUAUUUUCCUCGAAUCAAUAAGUAGAUGCCUAAAUGUGUCCAGCUGUGCUUAAGUAGUGUUUAAUUUGCUGAUGACGCUUGAAAAUAAAUCUCGUAAAGCAACCCCCCUUCCCGCAAAUCUACAAAAGCCCAUUAAAUACUAGACGGUACUCUCUCGUACGCGUGCAGUCGACAAAACGACGAAAAACAUAACAUAAUAAUUAUCAACCGAGUAGUUGAAACAUCUAGAUCAAUUAACAAACGAUGGGUCAGAUUAAACUUUUUCGACAAAUUGAAUACGAUUGAGUCCUUUCAUAGAGACAAUAAUUUAUAAAUAUAGAGAUAUAGUACACACCAGUGUAACCAGAUCGCAUUGUUUUAAGGCGCAAAAGCGAAGAAAAAUUAUUAGAAGAUAGCCGAUGUAUCAUAUCUGCAAGAAGAAAAUCGUUUUUAUAUACAACUAACAUUUAUACGAGAUGGGAAUCACUGUUAGCCAUUGAAACAAAGUAGAAUCAUGCAUAUAUAAAUAGUAACAGCGCUUAUGUACAGUUCAAUUAUUUAUUUCUAUAAAUAGGCCACAAUGGCACAUGUAGCGUGUAAGUUAUUUGGCUAUAGCAUAAACAACUAUUUUUACAAGCCAUGGUAGAAACUUAGUUUCAAGUUUCUGAGCUAAUCAACGUUUAGACACAAUGAGUGAGCAUUUUAUAUCAAAUCAAAAAACUGACAAGUUUGAGAUAGCGAAUAUAUAAAGAAGAAGAAAAACUACAAGAACUAAUGGCUCCACUUGAACUCCCGGCGCGGCCGCACCUAAUUUACGUAUAGGAGCUGAAUUCAAACGAAUACAAAACAAAAAAAACGAUGGUUUUAACCCGUAGUUCAACCUCACAUAUCGUGUACAGAAUUGGCACAGCCCUUCGAGUCAGCCGAAGAUGGUGGCACAACAUCGCCAAUCUUGUACAUACACACACUAUCCGACAAGUACAAAAUUUAACUUGUAUCAUUUUAGUCUGGAAAUAUCAACUCAUAUCCUUUUUAUCGAUAGGCAAAGUUUUCCACUCGAUUCCAUUUUCCUGAGAUAGCUAAAAUGCACGUAUCGAUACUUACAUACCUACACAGCACACUUCCUUGCGCGUAGCCCUAGUAGACUAUCAGUCGAUCUGAUAGAUGAAAGCGAGAAAAUAACGACAAUAUUAGAUGUGAAUCAGAAGGGAAAAGAUUACGAUCAACACUGUCGUAUCAUGACAAUAACUAGCGUCUAGCAUUAUUCCUAAGUCACCGAUAGAAUUGUAUUAUACCGAGGCAAUGUACAAUAACACAAAGAUGGAUUGUACUUCAACGCGAAAAUAAAAAUAGAACAGAAAUUACGAUAGAGAAAACAGUAGUGACUUUUUUACAAUUUAGGGUAAUGUACUAUAAUAAUGGAAUUAAAAACGAGUAACGAGAAAGUCGUUCGAACGCUUUAACAUUGCUAGGUUAUUUUUGCUAGAAACAAGUAAACGUUCAUCUUUAGCUUUGCUAAAACCAAUUGAGCCAACUCUCAGAUUGAGAUUGUAUUGAAGUGUAUAACAAAAUCACGUAUGCGCAUAAACUAUAGCUACUAAAUAAGACGAACGAAAGCAAAAAAAAAAACAAAAUCAAGUUUCCAAGAUUCUAAUUUUCAUCUCAACUACUAAAUAUCUAAAUACGGAUGCGAUGCAGCAGCAGCGAGUUCUUGUUAAUCUUUUCUAGAUUUUAUUCCAAAAUAAAGAAUUAAUUAUGAACCAGUUUUAAACAACAACAAAAAUCAUUAGAAGUUACACAGUAUUUUCCGCCAAUUAGCAGCUUUUUGAGCAAGAACGAAAUACUUAUUGGGAGAAAAAAAAAUCUCAACUAUACCGAAAGGGAGGAAGAAACUAUUCAUCUCUGUGAAGUUAUUACUGUGAAAUACAGUAAUAAAUCAACGAUUCAAUAAAAUUUUAGUUUUGCUAUAUGGUAAUUUUCGUCGCGAGAGGAUACUUUUGACACUUUUUGAAACAUUUUUUCUUACUUUAUAUCUGCUGACAAAUUCUUCCUGAAGUAUGACAUGUUCCUAAACAUUGUACCCUGUACCCUGCUUAAAAAUUCCCUUGAAAAUUGUCCAGUAACGUUCGAUUGGUCGCAGCUAGGGACAAACCGCUGGAUUGAUGUUUUUUCGUCGUACUUUUGCCAUUGCUAUCGGAAACAUACUUGUUGGAAUUUUUCUCGGUUGUUUUCAUAGAUUUAUUUAUUAGGUCCUCCUCCGUUUUCGCCACUAAAUUGUUAGAGUAGACCGUCCGCUUCAGGCUUGCCCAAAAUUUCUUGAUGAGAUGCAGCUAGGGGACGUUCGGAGGGUUGAUGGAUUUCGGAACAACGGGCCCUAUUAUGUAAAUCGAGUCGAUAAGAAUCGACCAUCUCUAUCACUAUUACAUCGAGCAAAAUUUCGUCUUUUAUAAAUCCAGAUAAUUCUAUUUAGUCUAGUUCUUGCUAGAACUUUAUCUAGAACGUAAUCUUCCCGUUCACCGCAAGUUCCGAACGGAAGAAGAGCGGCUUUUACAUCCCCUUUUCGCUGAUGGUUAGCCACAGAAGCGCCUUCUUUGGGAACUUGGUGUAGGAGACGUACUUCUCGUCGGAACUUACCUACUUGGUGGGGGACGUAAAAGUGCUGAUUCCCUGACAGUCGUUGCCAUCCAGUAUUAAUUACGUCUCGUCGUCAAUGACGACUGCGAUACUCCGCUUCGUCGGAAAAAUUUCAUUCUCCAUCUCUUUCAGCUAUUGUUUAUAGUUCACAGCUUGCUGUUCCGACAUGACCGGUCUUGAAUUACGUUUCCGCAUGAUGAUUUCUAUCUCCGCUAGAUAUUUCCUCAAUGUCUGGCUCGUUGCUCCGACCUCCCGGCUCAAAUCCUGGAAUAAUGUAGCCACCUUUCACUUCGUCUUCUGCUUUAGUUUUAGCUGUAGUUUACGAUAACGUUGCAUCGGCAAUAAUUCCAAUGCAAGAUACUGGACUAUUGGUCGCACGACCCCUGAAGAAUUGGGCAACAAGAAGUGGUUUGGUGUAAGGGAUUACUCAUUGCUGGAGCUUGAGCUUGGGUAGACAGUACACUUCGUAGUUGCUCUCCGUGAUUGACCUGAACCAGUCUUGCUAGUGGUCACCAUCGCAUGACUAUUCAUGAAGACGUAUGUGCUGUGUCAUUAAUGAACAUAAUAAAAUUGACAGUCAAACGCCCGUCGAACUAAAAAUGUCAUAUGACAUUUUGACUUAUUUUCGUCUGAUUCAUUAGAUAUUUAUAGUCCUGUAAUUAAACAACAGUGUUUACGGGGAACGCUCACCGCUUAGAACGAUCGUUCAACACUUUCGCACUUGAUAGGGCAGAGUUUGACGGUUGCUGUAAUAUAAGCAAUCCGUCCAAAUACCAUCCAUCGUGUGUGAGUGAGGAGGUGAAUGUUUGUGUGCAGCUACGCUUGAAAGCAGAAUGAAAAGAGAAAACGAAUGCAUACCACUGUAGUUUUAAUGUCAUUUGACAUAAAAUUUGUCAUUUGACAUUAAAAUUACAGGCCAAUUAGCCAGAAUUAAAGGAUGGUUAUGACCACAAUAUUCCCAACAUGAAAGCCAGGCAGUCCCUCACACCUAGCGGUGAACCUGGGACAUACGAAUACGACGUGUUCCGGUGUUUCCACCACAUCGUCACACUCCGAACAGAGUGGCGAACGUACGUACCCGAACCGAUGUGAAUAUUGCCUGAAGUAGACAUGUCCUGACAGGAGCUGCGUGAAGCCAAAAUUUGUCUCCCCGUGCUUCCUGUUCAAUCAGAUCGAUAGUACCGGUAUGAGCCUAUACGAUAACUGCCCUCUAGCUUCCUAAAAGUCUGCGCAGGUACCCAGGAACCGAUUCGAUUCGACGGGCGUCACUGGACUGGAUCUUCACCAUCACGACACGGCCCGCAUCUCGGCACAACUUCUUCAAACAGUUCAAUUUGAUCAGUCUAGCUGGUCUAGCUCCUCGGUACAUCGUACUAUGAUCCUCUCUGUCAACCGUUUUCUGCUCGUUGGACGCGUCUUCUGAGACUUCACAUGCUCUCACCAGUAAUUCUGUUAACUUUUCCGCGUUCCAGUUUGGAACGUCACCACCUUCAUCCCAUACUGAACGAGAAAGUUCGAUCACACUGUAUGGAAUGUCAUAAUUAGUCCUAAGUUCCAUGUAUCAUUGUAAUGGCAUUAGUAUCUGGUUGCGGUAAUUUAAAAGGUUCCACCUUACACCGCAAUGAUCAAUAUACUAAAAUAAAAAUAAAUAAUAAAUGAUCUGUCCGUCACCCAUCUGUCCGUCACCCAUCUGUCCGUCACCCAUCUGCCGUUAUCACGAGUUGCUCGAUACGGCUCAGCUAUGAAUGUAACGUCGCAUUUUUUGUCUGCUGUUGACUGACCCAAAUAGUUGCUGAGUUGAGUUGCAAUGAUUGAGAUUGAUCUGGAUUAUCUUCAUUACUGCGAAUCUGCAACGCCUUCUUGUACGAGGGAAAUUUGAAGCCUCUUGUCGUAUGGUCACUAUCGUUCUCUGUUUCACAGAGCAUGCAUCUCAGUUGCUUCGUGCAGUCUCUCUCCACAUACAACCUUCCCCGCCACAUUUCCUACACAGAUCAGAUCUGUCGGAGCCUGUGCAAAUACUUGCCAGAUGUCCGAAGCCCAUCCGCUUGAUCACCCGAGGCACAAUCUUCAGCAAUCACACCUACUAUCUUACCCGGAUCAUUUUAAUCCUUCCUCUUCCUUUUGCCCGAUCGUGAGUUCCGGGAGACCUUCGGCGUCUCCUGUAUCUCAAUGGUCCCUAUCCUCGACGAGUGCCUUUUCAGCAACCUCUGUUCUUAGCUGCAGCUCCUUUUGCUCGCGUUCAGCAAACAUAACGGCGGAUCUGAUACUCGUCACUAGCUGUUUGAUUUUCAAAUAAACGUUUCUAUUCUUUACGAAACCAUAAAACUCGUCCACCUUCUUUCUGACGUCCGUGAUGUUGGACCUCCAAAGUAGUAGCCCUUCUUAGGAUGUAGUCAGCGUGGAUACCUGGCUUUGUACAUAGCCAAGAUCUACCUGGAGUGCUUGCUGCUCUUCUUGUGGUUUUGUUAUGCUGGUACUCGUUGAGGCCUCUCGUGGUGACUUUUGUGACAGGUGACUUUUGCAUUCUUCCGCUUCUCGUUAACACAUUUUCCUCUCCUUCGUUUGUUAGGGCGAUUUUUGUAAUUAUCCAAGUUUUUAGGCCCCCGCUUCGGGCAGCUAUUUCCAUUCGUUGUACAUAAUCACUUGUUGUGACCCCGUGGUUAUCUUUGCAAGCAGUGAAGCCUUUCUAUGGCCCCCUUCACGGAGACCGUGAUCAGAGCCGAAUCAGCGUUAGUAAGGAAUGUGGCAUUUGAGCCUAGUACCUAGUGCUGAGCCUAGACGAGCUUCGAACGUACCCGGAGGCCUGCCAAAGUUUCACCGGGUCGAUCAAAAUUAGCUUCAAGUAGCGUCAAAUGAACACUCAAAAUAUUACCUAACGAAUUUCAAGCACGAGACAGCAGUUGUGCUGCCAACAAAUGUUUUCCGGAUUGCUUCGAUACGAUCUGUUAUUGUGAACACUUUUAUUCGUUACGUAAGCACUGGCCGAUUAGCGAUUUUUACAUACCUUCUACUCCAUUGCUUUUAUUUGAAUUUAUUAGCUUUUAGUGAUGAUGGAUUUUAAGAUUUAAAAAAUUCAAAAUGUCUAAUAUAUGAGAUAAAUAUACAUUUCUGGUAGAAAACUAUAGAACACUGAAGUGUCGAAAGUAUCCUUGCUCGACGAAGUAUCCCCAUACGACGGCACCAUAAUUUAUAGUUGUUGAUAACCAAAAACAAAUACUAAUGUUCGUUUCUGUUUUAGCUAAUAAAAAUCGAUCCGAAAUGUAACUUCCGAUCAUAUUUUGAUUGUGAAUCAAAAUAAUUCAUAUUCAAACAAUUUAUCUUCCUAAUCCCGUGCCUUUAUACUUAAUUAAUGAAAAAAAACUUUUGUUCAUUUUGACAAUGUCAAUCGUUGCAAACUAAGUUUAUCCAAUCUCCAAGCCUAACGAUGGACCACGUCCAAGUCGAAUACACACACAAGAAAAAAAAUCAUAUAAAUUUGGUUCCAAUAUAAAAACCGUAUUCUAAAUAAUUUUAAAGUAAACCAACUGAGUAGAGACAUAAAGAAAGCAUAACAUAAACAAAAUAGAAAAACACCUAAUUCACUGAAAACUCCAAAACAAAUGUAGCUUUAAAUGUGGACAAUAAAAUGAUAGCCAUUUUGAUUACUAACCGAUCAAACUACAUACACAUAUAUGAUGAAAUGAAAAAAAAACACAAACACAUGUUGAAGUGAACUAAACAGAAACAUAGUAGUGAUGAUAGAAACAAAACGAACUAAAUCUAGAGAAACCUUUAUAACCUGGAAUAACGCCGAGUGUCAAUUAAGUUGUUGAAACGUUGAAAAAAAUUGUUUAAUAUUUAUCUAUUCUAUUUUCUAAAGAACCGAAACAGUUUCAGUUCUAGAUGCGGUUGGUUAACUUAGAGAAAGAGAACAAGUGUAAACAUAUAUGGAAAAAAUUGUAGAUAAUAUAUCGAGCUAGUUUCGUUCCGAACGGAUUGUUCCAUUUAAAAAUAACUCAUUUGCUUGGCAAAAGUUCAACUUUUAAAGAAAAAACAAAUAUAAAAAAAGCAUUUAGUGGAGGGACAUGAAGCCGUUUCGACCACAUUUGUAAGAUUAAACUAGAGAGAAGAAUAAAUCUAUUUGCAGAAA